GUUAACAAGUUAUAAAAAUUGAAAAAAAAAGAAAAAAGAAAUUAGAAAUCUCAACAAAGACGCUCCAAAAGCAAACAAAAAUUAUUAAAAAUAAAUAAAAAAAAUCCAAACAAAUUCUUCCUUACAUGUUUAUUUUUUAAAACAGAGUUUAUCCAGUUUUAAUUACAAAAAGCAAAAAUUAUGGAACCACUUAUGAGCGAUGGAGAAAUUUUAGAAAGAUCAAAAUUAUGGUCCAAUGUUAUGGAGACAUUUUGCAAAGAAGAAAAAUUUGAAGAAAUCGACUUUGCUGACAUCCAAUCACCCGACGAAGAAUCUGAAGAAAUCAGUGACGAUGAUUCCCCAAAUCAAACAAUCACCAACAACAACAAUAAUGAAAAUAAAAAUACCUGCAAGGCUCUUGUCAAAGUGGCCAAUUUCGAAGGCGAAACAAGUUCCGAUGAUUUUGAUGAAUGUGCCAAUCAAACUGUUGCCAUUAUGAAAGAUCAACAAAGCAAAUGGAAAAAAUUCGGUAUGGUCGAUGUUUUAGAAACUUUUGAUUUAGAUAAAAUUUCCAAAGUAGUAACUCCGUGGGUUGAAAAGAACAAAUUAGACAAGACACAGUUGUCGACUUCACUCGAUGAACACAUUGUCCAUAUCGAGGAACAUCAUCAUCGUCAGAUUCACAUGGAUUCUGAUGAUGAUUCAUUGCAUUCUUUGGACACUGCCAAUUACAUUCGAUCAAGUCGAAAGAAUAAGCGUUCUAGUUGCACUACGACGACGAUAAAAAAGUUUAGCUAUGUCAAAGGAUCACGAAGGCAUUUGCAAAAGAAAUAUGGUUUAGGUAAUUUUGAUUUGGGAAAAGAUUUAAAUAAAGUUUUGUAUGAAAAAUAUCCAACGGAGAAUGUCCCAAAAACGGCUCCGCUGACUUUUAGAGGGAUUUUAGGGUCACAACAGAGUUGUAGUUCGUAUUCAACACCUCCACAGCAAAUAAAGGCUAUUCCAUAUGAAGCCAAAUCGGUCCCAGUGCGGAGAAGGAAGUCGCGUCCGAUUAAGCGUCGAUCUGAUUUCUCUAAGCGUUCUAUAUCGAGUAGCUCCUCGUCGUCUGGUUCUCCAAUUCGUCCUGUAAAACCUAAAUUUAGAAGGAGCUCGAAAGUUAAAAGUGGAGAAGCUGGCUCACAGCUAUCUCCAAAGAAGACUUUCUCUCCAACAAAACAUGGUCAAGUUCCAAAAGAAUCAAAAAUCUUAGGAAAACAAAUUGAUUUGACUCUGAUAGAAACAUCGGAUUCAGAGCCACAAUUGGAUUCAAAGAAACCAAUUUCAGUUCCCAAUCAGGCUCAAUCAGGGAAUCUGAAAGCUAUUCCAGGUUUAAGCAUUCAAGGUGGCAGUUCAAUAAAUGAAACUGGUUUCUUGGGUGCGAGUAUAAUAAACUCGACGGCGUUGUCUAGCACCAAUCCCAUUCAACCAUCGUCGCUGCCUAAUCCUAUGAAGAAAUGCCUCAUAACUCCGAUUAAAAAUAAUCCAGAACAGAUUAACAAAAGACCUAUUACACCACCUCCUCCUGCUCUUCCUUUAAUUAAACCAUUGAGAGUAAAAAUACGUACAAACAAAACGAAAAAAAUUGAAGAAAUUGAAAAAUCUAUUGAAGAACCUAUAGAAAAUAAUCUUCCCCCAGAGGAUAACAGUAAAAUUCUGUUAUAUUGUCCAACAAAUGUUGAAAAACACAAAAAUUAUGUGAGUUGUAAACGAUUCUUGUUGACUCGAGAACAUUUUUUGGAGACGGUUGGGAAGAAGAAUUCUCGUCGAUUUAUUAAAUUGAAUUCGAGGAAGUUUCCAUUUGAAUUUGAUUGUACAUCGAGAAUUUACUUUAAAGUUCCUGAUGAAUCGGAAGAGAGUGCUUCGAGUGAUGAGGAUGUAUUGUAUAUGUUUGGAAGAGAAGGUAAAAUUAUUGUGGAAACUGUGGAACAGAGGAAUAAUGGUUGAUAUGGGUAAAAGGAUUGAUCUGUUUCGAGAGAUAACAUUUGGAUUAAAGUACGUCGUAGCGUGUUUUUCAAUUUUAAGAUUAUUCUUCUUAUUUUUCAAUUAGUUGUAAAUAUUUUUUAAGUUUUGUUGUUAGU